CUCUCUUCCACUCAAUUCCUCUCCAAUCACCAGCCUCACUUCCCCUUCUAUAUAACAAGGAGAUUUCCACUCACCCCUUCUCACACUACUCUCUCUCAAGUCCCAACCCUAGUUCACCACCAUGGCCGCUGCCCGAGCCGUCGUAAUCCUCUCAUUCCUCCUCCUCUCUGCCGCCUUCACCUCCGGGUGCGGCACGUGCAAGCCGAACCCAGCUCCCAAGGUGCCCCCGCCGAACCCGUUCUGCCCCCGGGACACGUUGAAGCUCGGCGUCUGCGCCGACCUCCUCGGCCUGGUGAAUGCGGUGGUCGGGUCGCCCCCUUCGGGCGACAAGUGCUGCCCGCUGCUCGAGGGGCUGGCCGACUUGGAGGUGGCGGCGUGCCUCUGCACGGCCAUCAAGGCGAACGUGCUCGGCAUCAACCUGGACAUCCCGGUGGCGCUCAGCGUCUUGCUCAGCGCUUGCCAGAAAACGGUCCCUCCCGGUUUCAAAUGUGUUUGAAUGCAGUGAAAACUUAGAAGUUCAAUAAACUUGAGAUUGAUUUGUAUUUGUAUUUGUGUUGUGUUCCUCUUCUUAAUUUGUGUGUGUUCUCUCUCUUUCUCUGUAGGUUUGAAUGAUUUAAUUUCAUGCAAUAGACUAGGCAAGAAUGUUUGCCUGUAGUCUAAUAAUGCAUCAUUGUAUUUGUGAUCAUCUGCAGUAAUAUUUAUCAUUUACUGUUA